AAUCUCUCGAUUCCUCAAUCUCUCAAUCACCAGCUCUACUUUUCCGAACUUUGCGAAAAAACUCAUCGCAGAACCUUCACAAACAAGCCCUAGUCCCCAUACCCCACGUCAAAAGCACCGCCACAAUCACAAUGGCCGAAGGACGCUCUGAGCCCCUCCGCCUGGGCAGCACCGCCCCGAACUUCAAGGCCGAAACCACGGCUGGCCCCAUCGACUUCCACGAAUUCAUCGGCGACAAGUGGGUGAUCCUCUUCUCGCACCCCGCAGACCGCACCCCCGUCUGCACCACCGAGCUCGGCGCCUUCGCAAAGCUCGAACCAGAAUUCGCGCGCCGCAACACAAAGCUCAUCGGCCUCUCGGCCGACUCCAUCGAGUCGCACGACGAGUGGGUCAAGGACAUUGACGAGGUCACCGGCAGCAACCUCAAGUUCCCCAUAAUAGGCGACAAGGAGCGCAAGGUCGCGCUGCUGUACGACAUGCUGGACCACCAGGACGCGACCAAUGUCGACCAGAAGGGCAUUGCCUUCACGAUUCGCUCCGUUUUCAUCAUCGACCCCAAGAAGACUAUCCGCUUGAUUCUCAGCUACCCAGCGUCGACGGGUAGGAAUACCGCCGAGGUUCUGCGUGUGCUGGACAGUCUGCAGACGGGUGACAAGCACAGGGUUACCACUCCCAUUAACUGGGUCCCUGGUGACGACGUCAUUGUUCACCCAUCCGUUUCCAACGAGCAGGCCAAGGAUCUCUUCCCUGACUUCCGCAUCGUCAAGCCUUACCUGCGGUUCACCCCGCUCGCAAAGGAGAAGACUAGCGCCGCUUAAGUGCUCAACAAGGUCGGCGACUUUCUUAGCAAGAUGUGUGUAGAUGUUUUUUUUUGGCGGCAAGCCUAGGAAUUUAGUUUCGUCCAUUGUAGGAACAUGGGCCAUGACAUUGAAUAGAUCAUGAUAAUGGAAAUAGACAUAUACCGCCAAUCGUUACUUUUGUCCCCAU